GAACUCGUCGCACUUUUCUACAAUAAUUAAACAUUCAAAAUGAAGUACUGACUAUGUUUUACAACAAAUGUUUUAUUUUACAGUGAUGUGAUUUCUUUUUUUUUUCUGUGGAAAAGCCUUAUUUGUUUUUUAAUAUGUGAUGUGUAAAAUUGUAACAUCUAACUGCUAGUUUUAAGGAAAGUUACUGGUGAAUGCAUUGAGUGAAAGCGCGAAAUUUGAACAGCUAGCGUUUUCGAAAAGCUUUUCGUAAAAAUGAGAUAAAUGAUUCAAAUAUUAUAUUUAUUUCUGAGAUUACAAAAUUAUUAGAUAGAUUACUGCAAGAAAAGUGCUUCUCCUUUGCGUUUAAAACUGUGAAAAAUUAACUUUAUCACCUCUGCCACAAUACAAUCAACAGUAAUUGUCUCUUUUAGACUGUUCAAGUGACAUUUAAAGAGCACACAAAAUGGUUAUUUUUAUACCCGAUGACGAAGGCUCUUCAGAAGAAGACACUGCAGAUAAAGGCUCUGCAGAAGAAGGCUCUUCAGAAGAAGACACUGUAGAAACUAGUUCUACUGAUUCUUUAGUCCUAGGAGAGGAUAGUUUGAUGUCUCAAUGUUGUAUAACAGUUCAGCAUGCAACGCGGAUAUCUCAUGUUAUUUCUGGAUUUCUUUUAAGUUCAACUACAAAGUGUUUUGCCUUUGCUCGAGAUAAAGUUGUAGAGUAUGCUGAAUUCCUCUCAAUCGAAAAACAGAUCCAAACUUUUCAUAUUGUCAAAGUUUUUGGUCGCAUUUGCAAUAUGUCAACUUUCUUGUACCUAGAAGACGAUGAACGCAACACUAGAGUCAGAAAAGAUGUUGCAGUUUUGACAACUGAUGCAGGGAAAUUAAUAAUUUUAAAGUACCAAAAAUUAUUGGAUUUCGAUAGUAAACUUUUGCAAAAACGAAAAUCAGAACAAAAGCUAUUUGAAAAGAUUGUAUACCCAUUCUGUGAACCUGGUUAUAAUGCACAAUUUCCUGGACACUUCUUAACAACUGAUCCUAGGGGCUGUGCAAUAUUAAUAGGUGCUAUUCUUGAUAAAAUGAUUGUAUUCAUCAAAACAAAAUCAGAAGGUGAUCCAUUAAAAAAUUUGAGUGUCUUUGUUAUUGAUUAUGGUGGUUACGUCAUUUAUGAUAUGGUGGGUUUAAAACCUAAGAACAAAUUAUUCCAGUUUGCCAUUUUGCGUUCCAAAUAUACGAUGACUAUUAACUAAUGCAUCCUUACUAUUGGAGUAUGUCUAGUUUUAUAAUCUAAUGCUAAAAGGGCCACAACUGGAGAUUUUUUCCCUUAAACUGUACUGUUUGAAAGAAGGAAAGUUCAUUUUCUAAGAGAUAUGCCAAUUAGGUUGCCCAAUUUUCAAUACAAUAUCACGAUGCAUAAAUUUCGAAUUUGAAUCAUCACUUUUCACAAUAUAUGUAUGUAUAUACAUAUA